CCCACAAUACAGAAAGCCCACCUUCCCUGAGCCUCUUAUACCCUCUCCUCCCCCAGUUCUCUCAUAAACCCUAGCCGCCGGUACCGUGCUGAAUCCUUCUCGCUUCGCCUCUUCUCCGCUCCGCUCCUCCGCCAUCAUCUGGGCUCACCCCUGCGCGUAGAUUCAAGAUGUAUCUCCAGUACUACAUCAACGAGAAGGGGGACAAGGUUUACACCACCAAGAAGGAGUCGCCUCUCGGCGUUGCGACGCAGUCUGCUCAUCCGGCUCGCUUCUCACCAGAUGACAAGUACUCUCGCCAGCGGUACCUGUUGAAGAAGAGAUUUGGACUACUGCCAACCCAGAAGCCAGCACCGAAGUACUGAAGUUUCAACUGUCCAACCAUGGAUGUUCAGGAGAAAAUCAUCUGUUUCACUGCUUGUUGGUUGGAAUGUAGAUUAGCUAUCUGAGAAAAGAAAUCAAACACUGCUAGGCGCUACCAUGGUAUUUCUCAGCACAUUCGGACGCUAUGUAAUGCUAUGCUAUUUACAGAUCGUGCUUCCUAUUGUUAUGUUACUCUUUCUGUC